CUAGCUUUAAGACGAUGUAUAUUUGCACUUCCGCAAACUUACCUAAGAAACAGCAAGCGAUGGAGUCACGCGUCUGCCCAGGAGCAACCAAGUAAAGCCUUCCCACCGAGGAUGCCACCGAGCAUGACCAUUCUAGCCAAUGGCGUGCGCGUGGGGUCAGAGGAAACCAACUCCCCAAUCGCCACCGUCACCCUCGCCAUAGAGGCCGGACCGCGCUACGAAACUCCCGAAAACAACGGAAUCACACACUUCAUCGGACAUCUAGCCUUCAAAGGAUUCAAGUCCUGGCCACGGGACGCCUUGGAUAAAUACCUCUACGAAAACGGCAUCAAACUGACUGUCAACACAUCUCCUGAGCUCAUCGCCUUCACCGCCACGUGUCCCGCAGACUUCUCCAUCUACAUGGUGGAAUUAUUCUACAAAAUCGUCGUGGACCUCGAACUUGCUGAAGGCGAUAUCGAGGCAGAAAAGAAGAGGAUGUAUUGGGAGUUAAAGGCUGCAGAUGAGUGUCCUAAAAGGCUGACCUUCCAUUAUCUUCACACUUCCGCGUAUCAAGGGACGUCGUUCGGGAUGCCGGUCAUGGGAACAACGAAGAACAUCCAGAGCUUCGACAAGCAAGCGCUGGAGUGCUACAUCCAGCAGCAGUUCCAGCCGCACCGUAUAGCUAUAACUGCCGCCGGGAAAGUCAACCACGACCAGAUCGUCUGCGCAGUUGACAAAACCUUCGGGAAUAUACCAACAUAUCCUGGAGACUGCUCCUCACUGCCUGGCGUCCCAGGAUACACUGGCUCAGAGAUCAGGUACCGCAAUGAUGAUAUGCCGUUCGCGCACGUGGCUCUAGCAGUCGAAGCUCCAGGGUUUAACGACGAGACUCAUGAAAUGCUCAAGGCUAUCGGUCAUGCUGUCGGAUCUUGGUCCAAAACUCAAGGAGGACCAAUCAUGGAAGGUCGCGCAAACAAAAUGGCGGGGAUGGCCCGAGGCGUCUCGCACAGCUCUUGCUGUGAGUUCUUCGAAACAUUCUACCACACGUACCGAGAUACCGGCCUGUUCGGAAUUUACUUUGUCGCUGACAAAAUGAAAUUGGAAGACAUGAUUUACUUCAUAGGCGACUACUGGAUGCACAUCUGCACGGCGCUGCGGGAGAGCGAACUGGAAUAUGCGAUCGCGCAAUAUAAGACUGAGAAGGCUAGAUCCCUCACCCGACUUCAUAAUAUUACUGAAAAUAUGGCUAAGCAAAUCCUCUACUCUUGCUCUGUAAAAGAUAUCAGUGAUACUAUUGGUAAGAUUGAGCAGCUGAAGGUCAAAGAUGCUAAAUCAGUGUUCAGUACAUACAUUUAUGAUAAAUGCCCGGUGGUGGUCGGAGUCGGGCCUACUGAAAACUUACCAGAAUAUAAUAGAAUUAGAUCUAGCAUGUAUUGGCUGAGAUUCUGAACACUAAACAAUUAAAAAAAACUGUUUUAUGACAA